AUGCCAGCCCCAUACCGCCUCAUAAUCCUCCGCCACGGCCGCAGUGAAUGGAACGAAAAGAACCUCUUCACCGGCUGGGUCGACGUGCCCCUCAACUCCCAAGGCCGCGAGGAAGCAGUUCAAGCCGGCAAGCUCCUCACGAAGGAAGGCUGGCUCCCCGACCUGCUCUACACAUCUCUCCUCCGCCGCGCCAUCGUCACCGCGAACCUCGCACUGGACGAAUGCAACCGGCUCUGGAUCCCGACGAAGCGGAACUGGACGCUGAAUGAGCGCCACUAUGGCGGGUUGCAAGGUCUGGAUAAAGCUGAAGCGGCCGACAAGAACGGAGCUGAGCAAGUCCAUCUUUGGCGGAGAAGUUUUGAUGUUCGUCCACCUCCCACGUCUGAGGAGUACAGGAAGGGAGAAGAUGAUGGCCGCUACGCAUCGCAGGGUGUGCAAGUGCCAAGCACGGAGUGUCUGAAAGACGUGCUAGAGAGGGUGUUGCCGUAUUGGAAGGGGGAAAUUGUGCCAGACCUCAAGGCUGGCAAGACGGUGAUGAUUGCGGCGCAUGGGAACUCGCUGAGAGCGCUGAUGAAGGAGUUGGAGGGGAUCAGUGAUUGGGAUAUACCGGGUGUGGAGAUUCCGACGGGGGUGCCGAUUGUGUAUGAGUUGGAUGAGGAGUUUAGGGGGAAGGGGAGGCAGUUGGGGUGA